AUGAGAGAGUGCGAGCUGUGUGGACUGAGAGCUCGGAUUCACUGCGAGGCGGACCAGGCGAAGUUAUGCUGGGACUGCGAUGAGAAAGUUCACGGAGCCAAUUUUCUGGUGGCGAAGCACCCGAGGAACCUCCUCUGCCAUGGUUGCCAGUCGCCGACUCCAUGGAUGGGCUCGGGACCCAAGCUCACGCCGACCGUCUCGGUCUGCGAGAUUUGUGUCGAAAGGCGUGGAAUUAAGUUUCAGCGGCACGAGGAUCAAGAAAGCGAAGCAGAGAACGAAGACGAUGUUGAUCUUGAUGACGAGGAUGAUGAUGAUGAUGGUGGUCAUGAUGGUGAAGAUGCUGAUGAUGAUGCUGAUGAUGAUGAUGAUGGUGGUCAUGAUGGUGAAGAUGCUGAUGAUGAUGCUGAUGAUGAUGAGGAGGAUGAAAAUCAGGUGGUUCCGUGGUCUAGUUCGCAUUCGGCGGCGGCAGAGCCUCCGCCUGCGGUGAGUUGUUCGAGUAGUGAAGAAGAAGAAGAAGAGGAGGAGGAAUUUUUGGUGGUGUCGAAGCGAAUGCGAGAGAAUGCGGAUCCAGAUUCUGAUUUGGGAUGCGACGAAACGUCGUCGUUGGCUUCGCUGGGGCUGUUGAAGCGAGCGAGACUGGGCGAAGAGAACCGUUUACUGAGUGAAAGAUCAAGUGAAGCGGAGUUAAGAUCAACGGCGAUCGUGAGCUCAAUUGACAGUCUUCAAAAUCAAACGGACGUGAUCAGCGACGGUGAUGAUCCUGCGUCCGCCGCGGUCCUCGGGAUUUGCGAACCCAGAAGAGAUGGUCAGAGCCGUUGA